ACACAACUGACCGCCUUGCGGCAACGGCAAACUACUCACGGCCUUGGGCUGCCACAAACGACUUCAGCGCUGCUAUAGGCCAGGGUCGAGAUCAGAUGACGGAGCGGAUACUAGCCAGCGCCCCUGCGCCAAGCCGAGGCCCAUGGCAGAUGUACCUCAAUCACGACCUGGACAUUGUCAUUCGCGACGUCAAAAACGCCAUGGAACUCCCAAGACUCUGCUUCGCCGCCGAUCAGGUCGGAAGCCGAGCGAUGAUGUGCUCGUAUUGACUCGGCACAUGUGCUACGGCGAACCCCCGAUUCUAGCGUACCGGUGCCCGUCUUCUCGGCACAGAGAACAACGCACGAGCAAGUGCAUGUCGACAUCACGUGCCGGCAACCCUGUCUGCACUUGCAGGGCCGUGUGACUGCAUCACCGUUGAGAGCAGGGCGAAGGUGUCGUCCAUGUACAUGGUUACCGUGUACGUCUGCCGCCAAGUGUCGCUUGCAGGCAUCACAUGCUACGUCACCACCCACUGCUGCCCUCGUCGCACUCUGCGCGAAAUCCCCAUCUUGUGCCCAAACGGGCAUUUGUCAUGGAUGGUCCGACUUUCACUCUCAUCAUCCGAACCCGUAGCCAAUCAUGGCGCGAGCACGCUGGCUGAUUCAGACAUCUCCACUCCGCACAGACUCGAGUAGCAAGAGACCUGCCUAUUCUGCUCCCCAAGACUCUCCCCGCUCACUUGCCAUCGUCAUGUGCAGGCCAGGACUACAGCCAUUAUA